AUGGCCUCCUCUUCUGGGAGCUUAGACACCUCUGCAAAUUCACACCCAACCUUCACUUUCUCGACGCACCCGUUCAUGACCACCUCCUUCUCUGACCUCUUAGCCUCUGGCACAGAUGAAGACCCCAGCACCAACACCACAGUUCAACAUGUUGGCCAUGGCGGGCUAGCAGAUCGAAUAGCAGAACGUACUGGGUCUGGUGUGCCCAAAUUCAAGUCUCUUCCUCCUCCUUCGCUGCCCAUUUCUCCUCCCUCCGUUUCUCCCUCUUCUUACUUCGCAAUCCCAGCUGGGUUGAGCCCAGCUGAGCUUCUCGACUCUCCUGUCCUCCUAAGCACUUCGAACAUUCUUCCAUCUCCAACUACCGGAAGUUUUGCAGCUCAGGCCUUUUGGAAGGCCAAUUCUGGAAACAACCAGCAGAUUGUUAAACAGGAAAGCAAGAACUACUCAGAUUUCUCUUUCCAAACACAAACAAGACCCUUCACUUCAUCAUCAACAAUGUUUCAAUCUUCUAACGGCACAAUUCAAACUGCACAAGAACAGGGAUGGAGUAACAGUUACUUUCAGGCACAAGAACCCCAAAAGCAAGAUGAUUUUUCCUCAGGGAAGAGUAUGGUGAAACCUGAAUAUGGUUCUGUGCAGAGCUUCUCAUCUGGAAUGGCCACCAAUAUCCAAAAUAAUAGUCAGGCCAAUGGUGGUUUCCAAUCUGAGUAUAGCAACUACAACCACCAACAAUCUCAGACCUUGAGCAGGAAGUCAGAUGAUGGGUUCAAUUGGAGAAAAUAUGGUCAAAAACAAGUGAAGGGAAGUGAAAAUCCAAGAAGCUAUUACAAGUGUACUUACCCCAAUUGCCCAACUAAGAAGAAAGUAGAGAGGUCUUUGGAUGGGCAAAUCACUGAGAUAGUUUACAAGGGCAACCAUAACCAUCCCAAGCCACAGAAUACUAGAAGAUCAUCAUCAAAUUCUUCUCAUGCAAUUCAGGCUUCUAAUCCCAACACCAAUGAAAUCCCAGAUCAGUCUUUUGCCAAUCAUGGUAAUUCACAAAUGGAUUCCAUUGGAACUCCAGAAAAUUCAUCGAUUUCGAUGGGAGAUGAUGAUUUUGAACAGAGUUCUCAGAAAAGCAAGUCAGGAGGAGGGGAUGAAUUUGAUGAAGAUGAACCUAAUGCCAAAAGAUGGAAAAAGGAAGUUGAUAAUGAAGGUAUUUCAGCUCCUGGGAGCAGAACAGUGAGAGAGCCUAGAGUUGUAGUUCAGACAACCAGUGAUAUUGAUAUUCUAGAUGAUGGGUACAGAUGGAGGAAGUACGGGCAGAAGGUGGUAAAGGGCAAUCCAAAUCCAAGGAGCUACUACAAGUGCACAAAUCCAGGAUGUCCAGUGAGAAAGCAUGUUGAGAGAGCUUCUCAUGAUCUUAGAGCUGUGAUCACAACCUAUGAAGGAAAGCACAACCAUGAUGUUCCGGCAGCUCGUGGCAGCGGCAGCCAUGCUUCUGUCAAUAGGGCUCUACCAAACAACAACAACAUUAACAACAACAAUAACAAUGUAGCCACAGCAAUGAGGCCUGUGGCCCAUCAAACUAACAACUUAAGGCAACAAACAUCAGAAGGGCAACAAGCACCCUUUACCCUAGAGAUGUUGCAGAGCCCCGGGAGUUUCGGAUUUGCAGGGUUUGAUAACUCUAUGGGGUCAUACAUGAACCAAGCGCAGCUCAGUGAGAACAUGUUUUCUAAAACCAAGGAAGAGCCAAGAGAUGAUGCCUUUUUUGAAUCAUGCUGCUGA